UCUGUGUUAUCACUGAGAAUGUUCCAUCUGUUGUUUCUCCCACUGCAGGUAUCUGGACUUCCCAGCUGACUGAGAGACCAGGCAGUGUUGUCUUCCCUACCAGUAGACUGAAUAACCAGACCAGACCAGACCAGACCAGGCAGUGCUCCCAGUGUAUCUGGACUGGACCAGGGACUAGUUGGCUUCAGUGACUGGACUCUGCAGUGUUACCAUCAGUAUUGGACUAUAUAAACUGUAUUUGAACUGACUGACCAGCUCCAGUGAUCUUCCCUCCUUACCUCCCAGCAGAAAACCCCUCAGACCCUUUUAAACCCAGACCCCUCCAACAGCCAGUCCACAUGGACACCACCUCAACCAACUGGCAGCAAGGCAUCCUGGGUAACGACAGUCUCAGCCUCCACCUCGACCGGCCGGGGUUCCACUCUGACAUCACCAAGCAUGUAGGAGUCCAGGCUGUUUUGAUCACAGCGUAUAGUCUAAUCAUCUUACUGGGCCUAGUAGGCAACGCCCUAGUCAUCUACAUGAUCAUCCGCUUCCGGAACAUGAGGACAGUCACUAACUUCUUCAUAGCUAACCUGGCCCUGGCCGACCUGCUGGUGGAUACGUUGUGCUUACCGUUCACACUGGUUUAUACCUUGCUCGACGAGUGGAAGUUUGGCGCGGUGCUGUGUCACAUGGUCCCGUUCGCCCAGGCGCUGAGCGUUCACGUAUCGAUCCUGACGCUGAGCGUCAUCGCUCUGGAGCGCUACAGGUGUAUCGUGUUCCACCUGGGCCAGCGCCUCACCUGGCGAAGCAGCCUGCUCAUCAUGGCUCUCACCUGGACGCUGUCCUCCAUGCUGGCCAGCCCGCUCGCCAUCUUCAGAGAGUACCGUCAGGAGGAGAUCCCGUCCAUCAACCUGAGGAUCUCAGUCUGCUAUGAGAAGUGGCCUUACGGCAGCAGCAGAGAUGGAGUCAUUUACAGCCUGUCUAUGUUACUGCUGCAGUACGUGCUGCCACUCUCCAUCAUCAGUUACGCCUACAUCUGCAUCUGGGUGAAGCUGAAGAACCACGUGAGUCCAGCGAGCCGCGUCGACGCCGUCCAGCGCAGGAAGAAGACCACCAAGAUGCUGGUUAUGGUGGUUGUAGUCUUCGCCACAUGCUGGCUACCCUUCCACGUGUUUCAACUAGCCAGUGACCUAGACCUGGUGCUCAGCUUAAGACAAUACAAGCUCAUCUAUACCCUCUUCCACAUUGUAGCCAUGUGCUCCACCUUCGCCAACCCGCUCCUGUACGGCUGGAUGAAUAAGAACUACAGGAACGGGUUCCUCAUGGUGUUCAGGUGUGAGGAUAAACCAGACAGUAUUCACCCUGAGGGAUCCUUCAGGACCCGGUCACUAAGAAGGAUGUCUCUGAACAGGAGGAACGGAGGACACCCUCCUACUGCCGUCUGAUUGAUCUGCCGUCUGAUUGGUUGAUUGAUCUGCCGUCUGAUUGGUUGAUUGAUCUGCCGUCUGAUUGGUUGAUUGAUCUGCUGUCUGAUUGGUUGAUUGAUCUGUCGUCUGAUUGGUUGAUUGAUCUGCCGUCUGAUUGGUUGAUUGAUCGUCUGAUUGAGGCUGCUGUAUGGAGUGAUAUUAGCACCAUUAGAAAGAGAAUCGGAGGCUGCUGUAAAAAAAUCUAAAAUAAGCCUUGUGAACCAUCUACUGUUUCUGUAGAGUGAACCAGAACGGCCCAUAGGGCAGGAGUCCAUCUACUGUUUCUGUAGAGUGAACCAGAACGGCCCAUAGGGCAGGAGUCCAUCUACUGUUUCUGUAGAGUGAACCAGACGACCCAUAGGGCAGGAGUCCAUCUCCUGUUUCUGUAGAGUGAACCAGAACGGCCCAUAGGGCAGGAGUCCAUCUCCUGUUUCUGUAGAGUGAACCAGAACGGCCCAUAGGGCAGGAGUCCAUCUCCUGUUUCUGUAGAGUGAACCAGAACGGCCCAUAGGGCAGGAGUCCAUCUCCUGUUUCUGUAGAGUGAACCAGAACGGCCCGUAGGGCAGGAGUCCAUCUCCUGUUUCUGUAGAGUGAACCAGAACGGCCCGUAGGGCAGGAGUCCAUCUACUGUUUCUGUAGAGUGAACCAGAACGGCCCGUAGGGCAGGAGUCCAUCUACUGUUUCUGUAGAGUGAACCAGAACGGCCCGUAGGGCAGGAGUCCAUCUACUGUUUCUGUAGAGUGAACCAGAACGGCCCAUAGGGCAGGAGUCCAUCUCCUGUUUCUGUAGAGUGAACCAGAACGGCCCAUAGGGCAGGAGUCCAUCUCCUGUUUCUGUAGAGUGAACCAGAACGGCCCGUAGGGCAGGAGUCCAUCUACUGUUUCUGUAGAGUGAACCAGAACGGCCCAUAGGGCAGGAGUCCAUCUCCUGUUUCUGUAGAGUGAACCAGAACGGCCCGUAGGGCAGGGGUCCAUCUCCUGUUUCUGUAGAGUGAACCAGAACGGCCCAUAAAUCACUUUGGAUUAAAGCGUCUGUUAAUAUAAUAUAUUGAUGUAUAAGUACACCCCCUGGACAGGACACUAUACUGCUGUAUGGAGUGAUAUUAGUGCCAACAGAAAGGAAAUCGGGAAUUGCUGCACUUAUUAUUGUUAAAGCAUCUCUUCAAUGAUGCUAGGACCAGGAGUUUUUCCUGACCUCACAACCGACCUGAGCAAGAAAAACUCUGGACCCUAUAGUUACCUGACCGUGUGGGAUAACUAGGAUAAACUCUGGACCCUACAGUUCCCUGACCGUGUGGGAUAACUGGGAUAAACUCUGGACCCUACAGUUACCUGACCGUGUGGGAUAACUAGGAUAAACUCUGGACCCUACAGUUCCCUGACCGUGUGGGAUAACUAGGAUAAACUCUGGACCCUACCGCU